CUUUUCGUAUACGAUACUAAACUACACUAUCUCCGCUCUUUAGCUAUAUAUAAAAACAUACCCUUUACAAAUUCAACCAUUUUCGUACCUGUCAUACUACAACAGACUCAUCCCAAAGCUUUUGUCAAGGGUGGUGGAGAUCAAGUAAUCAGUUGGGUCUCUAACAGUUCAGAAUUACAAACUUUCCCUUGUUUUGUAAAAAUGAGAAAGCAAUUGCAACGCCAGGACACGGGGUUUCCGAGCAGUCAUCAAGGCUGCAUGUGGAACCUGAUGCAUAUCCUCGAUUACCAUCAUUGGCAUAGUGUCAAGAAGAUACUUCCACGUCGAAAGCACGCUGGAGGAACAAGAAGCAGAUACAGUGGGAGUCGAAAAGCAACUUUGAAGAACCACGACAAUGGUGAAAGGAAAGAGUUAUCUGCUGAAGCAGAACCCUUGCUGCAGGAUGAAGAAGCUAGCUCUACAAAGAAAAAGACUAAGAAAUCUCAAAUAAAGGCAUCAAAAGCUAAGCAGGCAUUAUCUCCAGAAGAAGUCAUGGAGUCGUCACCAAGCAAGAAACGAAUAACAAGUAAUCAGCUGAAAAACGACAUUUCCCAGAAUCAAUUUUAUCAUGUUGAUCUUUUGGAGCUAUUCAAGGCAAACAAGGAAGUUUUCUUAAAAUUCCUUCAAAAUCCAGAUGUUAACAGAAUCCAGUUUCCAGGCCUGCACAAGUCUGAUACCAAAGUAAGAUUUACAAAAUCAAGUUCAUUUCCUGCAGCUGAUUCGUCUCGAGCUACCAGUUUUAGGCCAAGCACACUUAAACACAAGCAGAAUGAAAUAUGGUCAUUUCCAAAGGGUGAGAAGCUUCUUGCCAGUACUCGGACACAAAAAUUAGUGACAUCUGAUUCUCAAGAAGACUCUGAGAGAUGUGGUCAUCAAGGGUGGAAUCAAUUGGUCAUGAGACGUUUUAAACAUAUAAAGCAGAGAUUAAUGCACGCACUGCAGGAGAGCAAGAAGGAAAAUACUCCCACUUUGAUUGAAACACUGGUCUUCGAAGGCCCUUUUGGAUGUGAUGGUAAAGAAAUGUCUGAAACUCCAGAUUUAAUCAAUGGUGAGCAAAGAAGCAAGAUUGAUGGUUUGAAUGAUACUGCUGGAAAGCGAAGACUUAACCGUGUCAGUAGAACCUCCUCUCUUGAUGAGUCACUCAAUAGAUAUAGUCAGUUGUUUGAGAGUAGUUGCAGAAGUGAGGCCAAGUUGGAUCACUCCAGGAGUUUAAAGUUGAAAAGUGAAGAAAUAGUUACUUCAACUGGAAAUGCCCAGAAAUCCACCAGAAGAAAUCUGUCACUGCCUGACCUUGACUCUUUGUGUUCGUUUCUAAAUGGGCCAGCUAGAGAUGCUUUUCGUUUAGGGAUUCCGGUUAAAAAUGUAGUGGACCACAAGACAAGCAAGGAAAAUAUUGGUCCCAAGUCGGUGAACCUUAAUGUAGAUACAGGUAACAAGUCUGAAAAACUAGAAUCUAUUUUAGAGACAGAGUUCCAGAAUACCAUAAAAGAAAACUGUGACGCAAAGGACCUUCAUGAGUGUGAAGUUGAGCUAGAAGAAAGAAGCAGACCAUGCGAGCAACGACAAAAUAGUUUGAUGAUGAGUUCUGAAGGAGAGGAAGCAGAACCAAGUGAAACUUGUACUCUUGAACCUUGUUCUUCAGAGUUGCCAAUGUUAGGAGAACUCUGCAGUAGUACAAAGUGUGAGAAAGUUGAAACCGAACAGACGAAUAUGGACUUUCAGUCACCACAAUUAGUAGACAAAUUGGAUGAUCCUGAACUAAAUUAUAUUAGAGAUGUUCUUGAGCUGUCAGGUUUUAUGGGAGAUGAAUACCUUGAAACAUGGUACUCAAUGGACCGGCCAUUGGAUCCUAUAGUAUUCAAGGAAAUGGAGGUUCGAUUUCAAGAUGAACUCGAUUUUACUGGAAACUGGGAUCACCAGCUUCUUUUUGAUUUGGUGAAUGAGACACUCGUUGAUAUCCAUGAGAGAUCAUACACCUACUUCCCAAGGCCACUGUCCUUCAGUGGCUCCAAACACCGUCCAAUGCCGACAGGGCAGAAACUUCUUGAAGAUGUGUGGACAAGAAUUAGCUCAUACCUGAGGUUCAGGCCGGAGCUGGUGCAGUCAUUGGAUGAUAUGGUUGCUCGAGAUAUGGCAAAAGGAGAUACUUGGAUGAACCUUCAAUGGGAAACCGAGUGUGAGGCACUUGAGCUUGAAGAUAUUAUCUUUGAAGAACUAUUAGAUGAAGUUAUCUGAAGUUGACAUCAGAUGUACUAAUACUAGGGUUCAGUUAUCUGUAGUCUUUGUACAAAAAAGUUAUGUAGUUAGUUGUUAGUUUAUCAGUACAUGUACCUUAAAAGUCUUGCAGCUUCCUAUCUUUUGUUUUUGUUGGAUGGAGAAAGUGUUGCAAUUUGAAUCUGACUAUCAUCACGUACUGCCUUCAAAUUAAGUAGAUGCUGAUG